CAAUGUUUCUGUAUGAAAACGUGACAGUUGGGAUCACUACUUUCUGGAGUUGUCACGGAAGAACUCUAGCGGAGUUUUCAAUUCUUACGCAAAAUGACGAAUGAUGAGAAAAGAGGCUCGAAGAAAAAUAUCUGUAGCAGAUUCACAGAUUUUGUGAUCUCCAAAUUUGAAGGCGCGUUUUUCAGUCUUGGGAAGGCAGUUGGUAACAGUCCAAUCCUAACAAUUUUUGUUGGCCUGAUUGUAUGUGGUCUCUGUGGCAUUGGUAUGAUAAAAUUCACACAAGAGAACAGAAGUGAAAAACUAUGGAAUCCACAAGAUUCUGAAGCACUAAGACAUCAAAAGCUUACAGGGGAAAGAUACCCUGUUAGAUCAAGGCUGAAUAUUGGAAUGUUUGAAAGUGACAAUGUCCUUACUAGCAAGAUGAUAAAACAUUUACUGGCUUUUGACAAAGAAGUGAAAAAAAUUUUGAAUGGAACAAGUAACCAGUGGGAUCUCAUUUGCUAUCGGCAAGGUGCAAUUUGUCAGACUGGUGGAAUCCUUGAGAUAUGGGGGUACAAUGAGACAAUCAUUAACAGUUUGACGGAUCAGCAGGUUUUAAAUGACGUCAAUAAACAACCCUUGAUCAGUCUUGUUACUCAAAGACCAAUCAUCCUUGAGCGUAUACUUGGAAAAAUUGAACGAAACUCUGGCAAAGUUACAAAGGCAAAAGCUGUGCAGUCUACAUACUUUUUGAAAAACCAGGAAGUGUAUAGCAAGAAAACUGGUCAAAAUGAAGAUCCAAAUGGUAAACUGUGGGAAGAAAAGUUUGGUGAAGUUGCUAGAAGCUUUGACAGCCGGCAUUCAGAUUUCCAAUUGUAUUACUACUCACAAACAUCGUUUCGAGCAGCAUCGGGUGGUGCAAUCACUGGAGACAUCUCUUUCCUCUCCAUUGGCUACUUUCUCAUAAUUGGUUACUUAGCAUUUAUGCUUGGCAGGUUCACGAGAAUUGAACAGAAGGCAUGGCUAGCCCUCAUAGGUGUCCUUUGCGUGGGUUUGGCAAUUCUUGUUUCAUUUGGUCUUUCAAGUGCCUUUGGUUUCUUUUAUGGUCCUGUUCAUUCCAUAUUACCCUUCUUAAUACUAGGUAUCGGUGUGGAUGAUGUCUUUGUCAUCAUUCAAUCAUACGAGAUCGUUUCUAAGGAACUGCCGGCUGAUUGUUCAAUGCCAUAUAAACUUGCUGCUACAAUGAAAAGUGCUGGGGUGGCAAUCUCCAUCACAUCUAUGACCGAUGUUAUUGCUUUUCUUGUUGGAGCAACAACGGUUCUUCCAGCCCUCCAAUCAUUCUGUGUUUAUGCAGGAUUAGGAAUUCUCGCUGUUUACUUCUUUGCAAUUACAAUAUUUGCUGCUUGCUUGGCGCUUGACAUUAAAAGGAAAGAGCAGAAUCGAGAUGCUUGUUGUUGUUGCAUCACUCUAUCCAGCAGCUAUGAACCGUUUGCUUGUGGAAAAAAAGAUCGCCUUCAGAUGUUCUUUGACAACGUUUUUGGCAAAUACCUUGUCAAGGUCCCUGUGAAGGUUGGAGUUUUGAUAACGACGUUGGCACUUUUUGCUGUUGGUUGCUACGGAGUCACAGAAUUAACACAAAACUUUGACUUCAACCUUUUUUUGCCACCGGAUUCAGAUGCAACAAAAUUCAACAUCAAGAGCUCUGAGUACUUUCCCAACGAUGGUGUGAGCUUCUCUGUUUAUUUUGGUGAUAUUGACUACUUCAACGAGCAGAACAAGUUGCAGUCAGCUUAUGACAAAUUGCGUAGUAACGAGUACAUUGUCCCAUCAUCAGUCUCAAGCUGGUAUGUCACAUACAUGACAUGGGUGAAUACAACAUACGGAAAUACAGCAAAUGUUGACAAAGAAAAACGUCCAAUAAACAACAGUUUAUUCAUCACUUGGUUGAAACAGUUUCUGAAUGAUAAAUCUGGUAGAAUAUACAAGACUGACAUCAAGUUUGACGCCACUAAUUCCAAGAUUUUGUACUCGAGAAUGCAUGCGACUCACAUAAAGAUGAAAGACUCGCCAACAGAAGUUAAAGCAAUGGACAGCGUUAGGGACCAGAUUAAGAGCAUCUCGUUUUCAAAAGAGGCCUUCCCCUACACGAGGUUCUAUAUUGGUUGGGAAACAAAUAAGAUCAUUGCUGUUGAACUGGUGCGAAAUCUUGCCCUGGCCGCUGCGUGUGUAUUUUUGGUCACUCUUUUCUUACUUGCCAAUAUUUGGACAUCUCUAAUGGUAUUCACUUGCGUCAUAUUGACACUGGUUGACGUCGGUGGCAUGAUGUAUUUCUGGGGUCUGUAUAUUGACACAGUCACUUCUGUUAUGCUCAUCCUUGCGAUUGGCCUCUGUGUCGAUUACGCUGCACAUAUUGGACAUGCGUUUAUGACUGCCAACCAACGGACCAGAGACGAGCGAGCCAGUACAGCCAUCAGUGAGCUCGGGCCUGCUGUAUUCAAUGGUGGUUUCAGUACAUUCCUCGCUUUCCUACUCCUCGCGGCUUCUACGUCUUAUGUUUUCAAGACAUUUUUCAAGGUGUUUUUCUUAGUUGUCGUGUUUGGUUUGUUCCAUGGAAUGGUUUACUUCCCGACUCUUUUAAGUUUGAUUGGACCUAAAGCGUACUCAACGACUUCCCAAAGAAAAGAUUCCCUAGAGCGCUCAAAGUCGCCUAACAGUAUCGCCAAUGAAAAACAUUCGGAUACCAGUCUCGAGAAUGGCAGCGUAACCGUGAACGGAAACGUAACCGCAAACGGAAGUACAGUGGUAGAGAAUGCGUAUAUCACCAAAAAUGAUGAUUGCGGUGCGUUCAGUCAGUUUGCAAAAAUCCAAAGCUACAUGGUUGUAUAUGCAUUCCCGAUGGCUUGGUUAAAUCGAGUCUUCAAAAGAGACCUUUAAGUCGAAUAGUUCUCAUGCUGUCGAAAAGCUCCAUGCUGUUUGAGGCCUUUCCCUGGACUCUUGUCGUCAUUUGUGAACUUUCUGUCUCUCUUCUCUCUAAACCAUCUUCAGUCGAAGUAACAUUAGAUUCAACCAAAUUUUGUUUCUCAGAUUAUAAUUCAUUAAUGGGACAGGCCUAGUGUAAUAUGUAUUUAAGGAACAGUCCAUCUAAAACUUUAUUAUCAUGCCAGACAUUGUUCAUAGCAUCUCAGUUACAGAAAACGCUUUAUAAUCAUUACGAGGUAACUUCUUGUUAUCAGUCUCAGGUCCACUAUAAGUAUUACAACAAAGAUGAUUCAGUGUUUUAUGGUAUACCGUGUUUUGAGGCCUUGUCAGAGCUACAAAGACUGUAGCAUUCUGUUGUAGAAAAGAGUUAGCUCGUCGUCAUGAUUGUGGGGAAGAAAAUUAGGUCUAUCUGUCACACCAAUAAUGUAUGUUUUAAGAUGAAAUCUCUCUUUAAUGAGCUCUCUACAGUUCACUAGAAAAGAUUUUCUGUUCAGCAACCACUCCUCAAGUACUGACCACUGUCCCUCUAAGGUUUUUUGUUCACCGAAUAGCCUUGUUAAGACUUAAUUGUAUUAUUCAAGUUCAUUGAAUUCCUUUAUUUACUUGACCCUAUAUGUAAAUGGCUUGCUCACAGCAAAGAUAUUUUGUUUCAAAUUACCCGCCCGUCACUCGUCUAUGACAUGUUGGGUGACGUCAUAGAAAAGAUGUAUCACUGUGGCAU